CGCCCAGCUCUUCUUCUUCCUCUUCUUCUUCGCAGCAGCAGCAGCAGCCGCCUCUCUCGUUCCAAAAAGCCCAGCCAAGGCUACCCAAGGAGCUUUUCCUCUUCUUCGCCUUCGCCGCUUUGCUUUGCUUUGCUUUGCUUGCUUUGCCUCUACCCCACCGCCGCCGCCGCCACCCCCUCUCUACACCCCGCCACCAUGUCUGAGAUCCUGCCCUACAACGACGACAAAGUGGCCCGCUAUGGCACCGACUCGGAGGUGGGCGACCUCUCCUUCAGCUGCCGCCUCCAGGACACCAACUCCUGGGGCAACCAAUCCAAGCGGCCCCCCAAGUUAGGACAGAUCGGACGAGCCAAGCGAGUGGUAAUCGAAGACGAUCGAAUAGACGAGGUGCUGAAGGGCAUGGCUGGGAAGUCGCCGUCCGGGGUAUAAAGCGGGCACCGCAGCGCCUCUGCACCAGCUGCAGCGGAUUUUCCCCCGAAUUUUUAAAAGCACUUUUGGCUGUGCAUGUUUGUUGGGAUUGUGGACAAACCAGAAAAGCACGGAAGAAGAUGAGGCUGCUGGCAACACCCUCCACCUAACCAACGCGACCCCGGCCCGAAGAAGGAACUGAUUGUGGGGAGGGGGGGGGACACACCGUCAUCUCUCUCUUUCUUUCUCUCUCUCUCUCUCUCUCUCUCUCUCUCCCUCCCCUCCUUCCUCCUCCGCCGCUUUCCACGGAGCGCCGCGGGACGCCGAGACCUUGUCAUCUCAACGUUGUCGUCCGUCCCCCCCAUCCCCCCGUGGCCGUACACGGGACGCUGAUGCCCGAUCCCGGAGUUUUCAAACGACC